AUGGCCAGAUCAGAAGCAGGUGGAGAGGGGAAGGUAGUACAUACAAUCAACCGUCAGGGCGCCAUGGAAGCAAUCAGCUGCCAACACCAGGAGAAUCCUAAAGCGGGACCUGCGACUAUAUCUAGGAACCCAGACGCGUCUGGCACCUAUCAACAAUGUGGCAAACUGGUUGCGAGCAGUCCGGAAGAGGAGCUCGCCACAAAUCAAUAG